UGGGCUCCUCCAGGAGAGGGUCACGGAGAUCCUGGAAACAUCCCGAGUCCGAGCAUCUAUCCCACCUUGCAGCAGACACAGCUCCAGUGAAAGUCAUAUCCCACAUUCCACAUGGCACUGGAUGGAAUGGACAGGUGCCUUCCACCCCGACACAGGGAAAGGAAAAGCCAGGCCUACUUUAAAGAAGUUACAAUGAAUUAAAUAUGGUUUUUGGUAGUUCUAAAAAUACCCCUAAUUAAAAACAAACAUUUUAAAAGCCACGUUAAAAAUCCUACUGGGUUAUCCGCAGAGUAGGCCCAGCCUGCAAAAUGUCACCUCAGGUGUUUAAUUAAUAUAAAGAUGGUCUAAUUUGGGGGUUAAAAAUGAAGUCUGGUUGUGCUUAAGUUGCUCUUGUUACCAAAAGGCAUCUGAAACUCAGAGCAAGUUUUUGGAAGCCGGGCCUGCAGUUCCUACUGGGCACUGAUGGGAAGCUGUGAUGUAACCAGCCUAAGAAAGAACAGGAUUAUGGAAAAUUCAUAGCUUUCAUCCCAAAACAUAACCCCCAAAAGGCUGUUUGUGCAGUGCCAGCCUGUUAUGUGUUGCAGGGGUGGUGUACAACUAUGACCAGGAGGGUGUGCACAGGGCCCACUCGGGGUGGGAGCAGUGCAUCUGCAUCCCCCUGGUCCAGCCACACAUGGUGGAGCUCCUGCAGCAGUGGGACAACCUCCUGGAGGAAUUUUCUGAGGGAGAGGCCUGGCUUCCUCACAGGUAUGACGAGCAGGAGCACAACUGCUACACAUUUGCCCUGGCCUUCAUCAACCACGUCCUGAGCAGGCAGAGGAAAGAGCCCCUGAGCAAGGGGGAGUUCACAGAGAGGUUCGUGCUCCCCCAGAGCAGAAGAGCCUCCAGGUACCUCACCCUGCACCAGGAGCUGGCACACAGGGACUGCUACAUCGUGCCCCUGCCCGAGGGGGGACAGAGCAGCAGUGCUGAGCAUGAUGAGCUGCUGUACUGAAUCAGCUGCAGCAGGAAACAGGGAAAAGCCUUAAGGCUCCAGAUCUCAGGGGUUAAGGUGCAGGAUCUAAUUAGUUAAAAACACAGUUAAUUUUAACCUGAAGGAUACUGACCUUGUUCAUUUGAGUGAAAUGAUGUAUCUAUGAUGUACACAUUACAGAGAGUUUCUGUGGCAACUAUUCAUAUGCAAAAAUGUUUUCUUAUUUACGUUCACUGUGUGCUCUGCAAGGACACUUCCUACCAGAAAUCAAGACUGCUGUGUAAUUAAGGGUUUUAGCAAAUGAACUAUGGUAUCUUCAGCCAUAGCAAACCAAAAUGUUUUUUUUCUGUCACAUUUGAUUAUUGACAAAUGAAAAAAGGGAAUAUGUGCUUCUGUGCUGCUGAAAUCCAAAUGCAGAUUCACUACCUGCAAAGUUAUUUUCCUCUGAUUACUAAUAAAUACAACAACAAAGAAA